UGCUGCUGCUGUUGUUUUCUAUCUGCUGGGUCCUGCGUGCACCCAUGGUCCUGCACAGCGGAUAGACUGAAUCAGAUUAUUAUUCAUAUCUGGAUUAUUAUUUCUGAUUGGGGUUCUCGCGCUGAAUCUGAACGCCAUGUCCUACAACUACGUGGUGACGGCGCAGAAGCCCACGGCGGUGAACGCCUGCAUCACCGGCCACUUUACCUCUGCUGACGAUCUGAACCUGCUGAUAGCGAAGAACACGCGACUGGAGAUCUAUGUGGUCACUGCUGAGGGUUUACGGCCUGUCAAGGAGGUCGGGAUGUACGGCAAGAUUGCUGUUAUGGAACUCUUCAGACCCAAAGGAGAGAGUAAGGACCUUCUGUUCAUUUUGACUGCAAAGUACAACGCCUGCAUUCUGGAGUAUAAGCAGAAUGGAGACAGCAUUGACAUCAUCACUCGCGCCCAUGGGAAUGUACAGGACCGGAUUGGGCGUCCCUCAGAAACCGGCAUUAUUGGCAUUGUGGACCCUGAGUGUCGUAUGAUUGGUUUGCGGCUUUAUGACGGUCUCUUUAAAGUGAUCCCUCUGGAUCGUGAUAAUCGUGAACUGAAGGCCUUUAAUAUUCGUCUGGAGGAGCUGCAGGUUAUAGAUGUGCACUUCCUGUACGGCUGUCAGGCGCCUACUGUGUGUUUCAUAUAUCAGGACCCUCAGGGCCGCCACGUGAAAACGUAUGAAGUCUCUCUGAAGGAGAAGGAGUUUAAUAAAGGCCCCUGGAAACAAGAAAACGUGGAGGCUGAGGCCUCAAUGGUCAUCCCAGUUCCUGAGCCAUUUGGUGGAGCCAUAAUCAUCGGCCAGGAAUCCAUUACUUACCACAAUGGAGACAAAUACCUGGCCAUCGCACCUCCAACUAUCAAACAAAGCACUAUUGUGUGUCAUAACCGCGUGGAUCCGAAUGGUUCUCGGUAUCUGCUGGGUGACAUGGAUGGAAGACUGUUCAUGCUGCUGCUGGAGAAAGAGGAGCUGAUGGACGGAUCCAUGGUGCUGAAAGACCUGAGAGUGGAGUUACUGGGAGAGACUUCCAUUGCUGAGUGUCUCACAUACCUGGAUAACGGAGUUGUGUUUGUUGGGUCUCGGCUCGGAGAUUCCCAGCUAGUCAAGCUGAAUGUGGACAGUAAUGAUCAGGGCUCUUAUGUAGCAGUUAUGGAAACAUUCACCAACCUGGGCCCCAUAGUGGACAUGUGUGUAGUGGACCUGGAGAGACAAGGUCAAGGCCAGCUGGUGACGUGUUCAGGUGCGUUUAAGGAGGGUUCUCUGAGAAUUAUUCGUAAUGGAAUAGGAAUCCACGAGCACGCCAGUAUUGACCUGCCUGGCAUUAAAGGACUAUGGCCUCUUCGCUCUGAGGCCGGCAGAGAGACUGACGACAUGCUUGUGCUCUCCUUCGUUGGCCAGACCAGGGUGCUGAUGCUGAGUGGGGAGGAAGUGGAAGAGACUGAGCUUCCAGGGUUUGUGGAUAAUCAGCAGACGUUCUUCUGUGGAAAUGUGGCUCACCAGCAGCUCAUUCAGAUCACGUCAGGUUCAGUGCGGCUGGUCACGCAGGACAGUAAGGCUCUGGUCAGUGAGUGGAAGGAGCCUCAGGGUAGGAACAUCAGCGUGGCUGCCUGCAACUCUACUCAGGUGGUGCUGGCUGUGGGCAGAGUGCUGUACUACCUGCAGAUCCUCGGUGGAGAGCUCAAACAGAUCAGCUCCACAGAGAUGGAGCACGAGGUGGCGUGUCUGGACAUCACUCCGCUGGGGGAGAGUAACGGAGAGUCCAGCCUGUGUGCUGUAGGCCUGUGGACGGACAUCUCCGCCCGAGUCCUGCGACUGCCCUGCUUCAGUCCUCUGCAUAAGGAGAUGCUGGGAGGAGAGAUCAUUCCUCGCUCAAUCCUGAUGACGACUUUUGAAGGCAGCCAUUAUUUGCUGUGUGCUCUGGGAGACGGUGCUCUCUUCUACUUUGGCCUCGACUUACAGACAGGUGUUCUGAAUGAGAGGAAGAAGGUAACGCUGGGCACUCAGCCCACAGUGCUGCGGACGUUCCGCUCCCUCUCCACCUCCAACGUGUUCGCCUGCUCAGACAGACCCACAGUCAUCUACUCCAGCAACCACAAGCUCGUUUUCUCCAACGUCAACCUCAAAGAGGUCAACUACAUGUGUCCUCUCAACUCUGAGGGAUAUCCUGACAGCUUGGCUUUAGCCAAUAACAGCACUCUGACCAUCGGCACUAUCGACGAGAUCCAGAAACUCCAUAUUCGCACUGUACCUCUUUAUGAAUCACCCAAGAGGAUCUGCUAUCAGGAGGUGUCUCAGUGCUUUGGGGUUCUGUCCAGCAGAGUGGAGAUGCAAGAUGCCAGCGGCACCACGGCUCCCGUACGCCCCAGUGCCAGCACUCAGGCUCUGUCCAGCAGCGUGAGCUCCAGUAAGCUCUUCCCCAGCAGCACCUCUCCUCAUGAGACCUCCUUCGGGGAGGAGGUGGAGGUGCACAGCCUGCUCGUGGUCGAUCAGCACACUUUCGAAGUGCUUCACGCCCAUCAGUUCUUGCCCAGUGAGUAUGCUCUGAGCCUGGUGUCCUGCAAGCUGGGCAAAGAUCCUGCCAUCUAUUUCAUCGUUGGCACCGCCAUGGUCUACCCUGAGGAGGCUGAACCUAAGCAGGGCCGUAUUAUUGUCUUCCACUACACAGAUGGGAAACUGCAGACAGUAGCUGAGAAGGAGGUGAAAGGGGCUGUUUACUCCAUGGUGGAGUUCAACGGCAAGUUAUUGGCCAGCAUCAACAGCACUGUGCGUCUUUAUGAGUGGACCGCAGAGAAAGAGCUGAGGACGGAGUGUAAUCACUAUAACAACAUUAUGGCCUUGUAUCUGAAAACCAAAGGAGAUUUUAUACUGGUGGGAGACCUGAUGAGGUCAGUGCUGCUGCUGGCGUACAAACCCAUGGAGGGCAAUUUUGAAGAGAUUGCUCGUGACUUCAAUCCGAACUGGAUGAGUGCCGUGGAGAUUUUGGACGAUGAUAACUUCCUUGGAGCAGAAAACGCUUUUAAUCUGUUUGUCUGCCAGAAAGACAGCGCUGCCACCACAGAUGAGGAGAGGCAGCAUUUGCAGGAGGUGGGCGUGUUCCACUUGGGCGAGUUUGUGAACGUGUUCUGUCACGGUUCUCUAGUCCUGCAGAACCUCGGGGAGAGUUCCACACCUACCCAGGGUUCUGUGCUCUUCGGCACAGUUAACGGCAUGAUCGGAUUAGUGACGUCUCUGUCAGAAGGCUGGUACAGUUUACUCAUGGAUUUACAGAACAGGCUCAACAAGGUCAUUAAGAGCGUGGGCAAGAUCGAGCACAACUUCUGGAGGUCGUUCAAUACGGAGCGGAAGACUGAACAGGCUACAGGCUUCAUCGACGGCGAUCUGAUCGAGAGCUUUUUAGAUCUGGGCCGAGCCAAGAUGCAGGAGGUUGUCAGCACGCUACAGAUUGAUGAUGGCAGUGGAAUGAAGCGGGAGGCCACGGUGGAUGAAGUGAUUAAAAUCGUGGAGGAGCUCACCAGGAUCCACUAACCCUGUUGGUCUGAACAACUGCUGUACAUAGAUAUAAAUAAUCCAACAGGUGUGGGCGAGCAGGAGCGCGAGUGUGUGUGUGUGAGAGAGAGAGAGAGCGCGAGACGGAGAGUGUGUGUGUGUGUGUGUGUUUUGUCUUCAUGUUUUGUAUGUUUCACUCCUUAAGUCUGAGCUCCUUCUUCUUCCCCUCUACAGAGCCUCCUGCCCUAAAAUCCAUACACACACACACACAGAUACACACCUUCACAGAACAGAAUCUGUGAGAACCUAUCAGUAAUGUAUUCUGUACAGUAGGGCCUGAGGGUCAGCUGUGUGGUUUGAAUUUUGAGGUGUUAAACUGAGCCGUAGUUCUGCUGUGGUCUUCACUGCACUGCUAGGACGUGUGGUUAGGAUGCUCUGACAGCACUGAGGGACAGGUGGAAAGAGCUUCAGUAGACUUUUAUCAGUGACGUUUUUGUCUGCGUGAUGUUUCUUCAAGUUUUUAUUUUAAUAAAGCUUGCUUCAGAACCUU